UGUUAUAACACAGGUGGAGGCAAAUCUGAAUGACUCUAACUACAUAGCAGAGAUUGAACUCAUUUCUAAAGAGGAAUGGGAAAGUGAGAUUGCUUCACCAGGUAAAGGUGAGGAUAACCAAUUAACAGAAAUGAUUAAAGAAAGGAUCAUUGCCCUGUAUGGAGCUGAUGCUGAGAAUAAAACAUUAGAGGAGCUGAAGAGAGAUGACAAAUAUACUGAAAUUUACAAUGUUUUGUCGGAUGGAAAGAAGAAAAUAUCAAGCAGUGAUCCCUCAGAGUUUGUCAGCUCUGUCGGUCGUUACUUGGAACAUAAUUUAGCAAAUCCUGGUGGCUGGUACUGGCCGCUUGUGAAGUGUGUGACGAUCAAAAUCCCAAACUGUCGUGAACUCUUGGAGCACAUUGUCCUUGUUGAUCUGCCUGGUACUGGAGACUGUGACAAGAUCAGAGAUGACCUCUGGAAAACUAAAAUAAGAGAGUGCUCCUCUGUGUGGAUUGUAAGUGACAUCAAGCGAGCAGUUACAGACAGAGACCCCUGGGAGAUAUUACAACACUGUAUUGAAGACUUGGGACCUGGAGGAGAAUGCAAAUACAUAAACUUCAUCU